CUUGCAUCGAGGUCACCGUCAUAACAUCUAUUGGACUCUCAGGUCAACAUACUGGUACCAUGCGGUACAACGAUAAAGAGGUAUGCGACGAGAGCAAGACUGACAACGAGGGCACCACGCAUUUCAAGUGCGAGGAAGGCUUCGCCCUCGAGUACAAAACAAAAAAGGACCCAACGAAGGGGGCAGAUGCCUGGCUCACGUACCCGGGGGCAGACGAAGUCGAGGUUGAGCUGAAACUCUACAAUCAAAUAAACAAUCCAGGAUGUGCGGGAGGUUCAAUCCCAAUUACCUGCCACAGGUACUUUUAUUCGUUCGAGGGGGAAUACUGCGACUGACCGGGUUGAUUUCUCUCCUUGCUAUGUCUGUUUUCUUUCACUUCGCUCGAAUUUUACCUGAGUGUGAUGCAGCUUUUGCUGUCUCUUGGACACCAGUAUGCCCUAGGUACUAGCAAUGCACUGCGCUGG